AUGGAUCAGGGCGGCGGCGGCAGCAUCUGGAUCCGUGCGGCAGUGGCGGUGGCGGCGGGAGCCGCCAUCGCGGCGCGCGCCGUCCGGCGCAAGUCUGUCGACUCCAGUGCCGUGUUCGUCGGAGUCCCAGCCAUGGUGGCUCAUACCAUCGCCGGCUACAGGUUCGCUGGGCUGCUACUGGUGUUCUUCUUCACGUCGUCGCGGGUGACGAGGGUCGGCGAGGCGAGGAAGCGUGUUCUUGAUCCCGAGUUUAAGGAGGGCGGGCAGCGUAACUGGAAGCAAGUUUUGUCAAAUAGCGGCAUUGCAAGUAUCUUGGUUGUUUUGAUAGCAUCAGUUACUGGAGGGACAGAUAGGUGUUUGGAUUCAAAAGAGUCAACCCUUGUAACUGCUCUUAUUGGUGGUGUUAUCGGACAUUAUGCUUGCUGCAAUGGUGAUACAUGGUCUUCUGAGCUCGGCAUUCUUAGUAAAGCUGAGCCACGAAUUAUCACAACAUUCAAAAGAGUGUGGAAGGGUACGAAUGGUGGUGUAACCAUAGAUGGGCUUCUCGCAGCAGCAGCAGCUGGAUUCUCGAUUGGGCUUGCGUUUGUGCUGAUAGGAUUAUUCACCACUCAGUGUGCUUCUGAUGUAUUCUGGAGCCAGCUGCUAGUUAUACCCUUGGCUACAGCUGCUGGCCUAUGUGGAAGCCUGAUCGAUUCGUUCUUGGGUGCAACAGUCCAGUAUAGCGGGUUCUGCAGUGUUCGCAACAAGGUGGUGGGAGUAGAUGGUCCAACCGUAACGAGGAUUUCAGGGAUGAACAUACUGGAUAACAACGGGGUCAAUGUAGUAUCUGUGUUCUUGACAACUGUUCUUACUGCGGUGGCUUGCACAUACAUUUUCUGA